AUGCCCCUCGAAAGGCCCCAGAAAAGGCUCAAGGGGGCCCCCCAGGGGCCUUGCUGCAUGCAGCUGAGGGGCCCUGCAGCAGCUGGGGGGCCCCAGCACCUCGGGGGGCCCCCAAGGGCCCCUGCUUUUCUGGCUUUUCUUCUUGCUGCUGCUGCUUGCUGCUGCCUCUGGGCCCUUGCUGCGGAGGCUGCGGUGCUGCAGGUGAGCAGCUCUCACCGGGGGCCUCUCCCGCUGCUUCAGAAGCAGCAGCAGCAACAGCAGCUCCAGCUGCAGCAGCAGCAGCAGCCGCACAGUUUGACGACCCUGGCGAUCCCCAUAACAAGAAGGGGGCCCCUGCCUCUAAGGGUGGGUAGGGUGGAUGCAGUAGCAGCAAAACGAAGGCCUGGGGGCCCCCAUGGGGCCCCCCGAAGGGCCCCAUUGACUGCAUGCAGCCGGGGGCCCCCCAGUGGGGCCUUUAUUGUCUCUCUUUGGGGUCCCCGGGGCCCCUCCAGAGUCUUUGCUGCUGCAGCAGCUGGGCCCCAGGGGGCCCAGUGGGGCCCCAGCUUGAAGACGGAGGGCCUCCCUUUCGCAGCCUCUGCUAGAGCAGCAGCAGCAGGAGCAGAGAGGCCAGCAGCAGCAGUGAGCGAGGGGGAAGCAGAAGCAGCAGCAGCAGCUGCUGCUGCUGCUGCAGCAAAUGAGGAAGAAGAAGCGGCGAUAAGUAUCGCCCGCGCGGCCGCAGCGUCCGCAAAGGCGGACGCGUUGGCGGCGGAGCGCUCAGCAGCAGCAGCAGCAGCAGCAGAAGCAGCAGCAGCAGCAGCAGCAGCACAUGGCACUCGCGCCUAUCACUUUUUCGAAGCUGAUCUUCCUGGAGACAGUCUCCUUAAAAGGCCUUAUCCUUCUCUGGAAGACCCGCCCUCAAACUUGCCCCCCCGUGGCCUAGGGCAUUUGCCCACGGAGGCCCCCGGGGGCACCCCGGGGGGCCCCCCAACUCCCAAGGGGUCCCCUGGGGGCCCCUCUGGGGGCCCCCCAGUGACCCUAGGGUU